CAACGGGCUCAGCCUUUUUCCCUAGAGACGGGUCGCCAGACGCGACAUUGCGCUGUGCUGCCGGAGCUCUGGCUGGGACGUCACGCUGAGAAACAACAUGGAACAACCUAACAAAGAAAGCUGCAGCUCAAGAAGGAGCCCUCAGGACGCAGGGUGCAGCAGUGUUCCCGGUGGCCAAAAGUAUAGUGUGAGGAAGACUCCUGCCGGCCUAGAGUCUAACCUGAGGAGGAUUCUGCUGGGACCAGAUUCUGGGUCGGAGGAGCCUCCUCCAAACCCUGACCCCAAGUCCUCAGAUUUAGUCUUGUCCCAGGUCUCAUCCUUGUUCUCAGAUUCGGGGCAGCCCCGGAAAUUGCCCCUGACAGGCACUGAUAAGAAGUACCCACUGAUGAAGCAGCGUGGGUACUACUCUGACAUCCUCAGCCCUGGAACCUUGGAUCAACUUGGGGAAGUAUGCCGUGGUCCCUGCAUGAGCCAGAACCUCCUACGGCAAGCCGACCUUGACAAGUUCACCCCAAAAGUCAGAACCUUUGAGAUUCCUGAGAACUUCGAGGAGCUCCUGGAGAAGCAGAACAUCGAGCCUACCCCCCAGUUGCUCACCCGGGCUGACUUCCCACUGCAGGCGUAUGAGCCCAAGGUGCAGGUGCCCUUCCUGGUGCUGCCGGGCCAGUGCCCCCGCAAGACUGAGAUUGAGAGGAGGAAGCGGCUGUACCUGAGCCUGGACAUUGAACAGUUGCUGGCUAGAGAGGGAAUCGACUCCAACAAGCUCAUGCCCAGGCACCCGGACCCCCACAAUCCUCAGACCAUCGAGCAGGGCAAUGACCCGCUCUUUCCCGUUUAUCUCCCGCUGAAGGUGUUCGACAAUGAGGAGUUUGACUGCCGGACUCCCAGCGAAUGGAUCAGCAUGGGCUUGGAGCCAGGGUCCCAGGAUAGGAAACCAGUCCCAGGAAAAGCCCUCCUGCCCACUAAUGACCUCCUGGGGCAUGCGGACCCCAAAAGUCAGGAGCUGAAGUACGAAUGGUGCAAUGUCGGUGUCCUGGACUAUGACGAGGAGAAGAAGCUGUACCUGGUGCACAAGACAGACGAGAAUGGCUCGGUGCGAGACGAGAUGGGGAAGCCCAUCCUGAAUGGAGGGGUCACUGAUGCAGGAAGGCCACCCCUCCUGAUCUGCCAAUACUGGGUGCCACGGAUCCAGCUUCUCUUCUGCGCUGAGGACCCACGUGUGUUCGCGCAGCGCGUGGUCCAGGCCCACGCCCUGCGCAAGAACACAGAGGCGCUGCUGCUGUACAACCUGUAUGUGGACUGCAUGCCCUCCGAUGGCCAGCGGCUCCUCAGUGAGCAGAGCAUGAGCAAGAUCAAGCAGUGGGCCAUGAGCACGCCCCGGAUGCGCAAAGGGCCCUUGGUUCUGGAGCACCUCAGCAAUCUAUCCAGAGAAGUGAACCUGGACUUUGAGCGCAGCAUGAACAAGAUCAACUUUGACCAAAUUGUCUCCUCCAAGCCUGACACGUUCUCCUAUGUGACCCUGCCUAAGAAGGAGGAAGUGGAGGUACCCAAGCAAGGGCUGGUGAGUGUCCCCAAGUACCCUUUCCAGGAGCAAAAGGAGGACUUCACCUUUGUCUCCCUGCUCACACGGCCGGAGGUCAUCACAGCCCUCAGCAAGGUGCGGGCCGAGUGCAACAAGGUGACCUCCAUGUCCCUGUUCCACUCGAACCUCUCGAAGUACAGCCGCCUGGAAGAGUUCGAGCAGAUCCAGUCGCAGACCUUCUCCCAGGUACAGAUGUUCCUCAAGGACAGCUGGAUCAGCACCCUCAAGGUGGCCACGCGCAGCAGCCUGCGGGACAUGAGCAAGGGCUGGUACAACCUCUACGAGACCAACUGGGAAGUGUACCUCAUGUCAAAGCUGCGCAAGCUGAUGGAGCUGAUCAAGUACAUGCUGCAGGACACGCUGCGCUUCCUGGUGCAGGACUCCCUGGGCAGCUUCUCGCAGUUCAUCGGCGACGCCUGCUGCAGCGUGCUCGACUGCGCCGAGGACAUGGUCUGGGGCGAAGACUUAGUAAACAGCCCCUACAGGCCCCGGAAGAAUCCUCUGCUCAUUGUGGACCUGGUGCUGGACAGCUCGGGAGUGCAUUACAGCACGCCGCUAGAGCAGUUCGAGACAUCUCUGCUCAACCUCUUUGACAAGGGCAUCCUGGCCACCCACACAGUGCCCCAGCUGGAGAAGCUGGUGAUGGAGGACAUCUUUAUCAGCGGUAACCCCAUGCUGGAGUCAGUGGGGCUUCAUGAGCCCCUGGUGGAGGAGCUGAGGGCCACCAUCGCCAACGCUAUGCACAAGGCCACGAUCCCAUUGCGGGCCUACGCCAAGGAGUACAGAAAGUACCUGGAGCUGAACAACAAUGACAUUGCCUCAUUCCUCAAAGCCUACCAGGAGCAUUGCCCAUCAGCUGAAGAGGUGCGGGAGGUGGUGCUCACCCACCUACGGGAGAAAGAGAUCCUGGACAGCUCGCUUCCCAGCAGCAUCGUCAUUGGGCCCUUCUACAUCAAUGUUGACAAUGUCAAGCAGAGCCUGUCCAAGAAGUGCAAGGCCCUGGCCACUUCCAUGUUGGACAUCCUGGCCAAGAACCUGCACAAGGAGGUGAACAAUAUCUGUGAGGAGUUUCGCGGCAUUAGCCGCAAGAUUUACGAGAAACCCAACAGCAUAGAGGAGCUGGCUGAGCUUCGCGAGUGGAUGAAGGGCAUCCCUGAAAAGCUGGUGGUGCUGGAGGAGAGGAUUGUGAAGGUCAUGGAUGACUAUCAGGUCAUGGAUGAAUUCCUUUACAACCUCAGUGCAGAUGACUUCAAUGACAAAUGGGCUGCCAGCAACUGGCCUUCUAAGAUCCUUGGGCAGAUAGAGAUGGUGCGGCAGCAGCACAUCGAAGAGGAGGAGAAGUUCCACAAAAUCCAGAUUAUGGAUCAGAACAACUUCCAGGAGAAGCUGGAAGGGCUGCAGCUGGUGGUAGCUGGCUUCCCCGCCCACGUGGAUAUUACUCGAGCACACGAGAUCGCCAAUGAGGUGCGGCGGGUCAAGAAGCAGCUGAAGGACUGCCAGCAACUGGCCGCACUCUACAACAACCGCGAACGCAUCUUUGGCUUGCCCGUCACCAAUUACGACAAACUGACCAGGAUGGUGAAGGAGUUCCAGCCCUACCUGGACCUCUGGACCACAGUCUCCGACUGGCUGCGCUGGUCUGAGAGCUGGAUGAAUGACCCCCUGUCAGCCAUCGAUGCUGAGCAACUGGAGAAGAAUGUUAUUGAGUCCUUCAAGACCAUGCACAAGUGUGUGAAGCAGUUCAAGGACAUCCCAGCCUGCCAGGAGGUGGCCUUGGACAUCCGGGCCCGCAUCGAGGAAUUCAAGCCUUACAUCCCGCUGAUCCAGGGGCUGCGAAACCCUGGCAUGCGGAACCGGCACUGGGAGGUGCUGUCCAAUGAGAUCAACAUUAAUGUCAGGCCCAAGGCCAACCUGACCUUCUCCCGCUGCCUUGAAAUGAACCUACAGGACCACAUCGAGAGCAUCAGCAAGGUGGCCGAGGUGGCCGGCAAGGAGUACACCAUUGAGCAGGCACUGGACAAGAUGGAGAAGGAGUGGUCAACCAUCCUGUUCAACGUGCUGCCCUACAAAGAGACAGAGACCUAUAUCCUCAAGAGCCCAGAUGAGGCCUCACAGCUGCUUGACGACCACAUUGUCAUGACCCAGAGCAUGUCCUUCUCGCCCUACAAGAAGCCCUUCGAGCAACGUAUCAACUCCUGGGAGACCAAGUUGAAGCUGACUCAGGAAGUGCUGGAGGAGUGGCUGAACUGUCAGCGGUCCUGGCUGUACCUGGAGCCCAUCUUUAGCUCUGAGGACAUCAACCGGCAGUUGCCCGUGGAGAGCAAACGCUACCAGACAAUGGAACGGAUCUGGAGGAAGAUCAUGAAGAACGCCUAUGAAAACCGGGAGGUGAUUAAUGUGUGCUCUGACCAGAGGCUGCUGGACAGCCUGCGGGAUUGUAACAAGCUGCUAGACCUGGUACAAAAGGGCCUCAGCGAGUACUUGGAGACCAAGAGGAGUGCCUUCCCCAGAUUCUACUUCCUGUCAGAUGAUGAACUACUUGAGAUCUUGUCCCAGACAAAGGACCCCACUGCUGUGCAGCCCCACUUGCGCAAGUGCUUCGAGAACAUCGCCCGGCUGCUGUUCCAGGAGGACUUGGAGAUUACACACAUGUACUCAGCGGAGGGUGAGGAAGUGAAGUUGUCCUUCUCCAUCUACCCGUCCAGCAACGUGGAGGACUGGCUGCGGGAAGUGGAACGCAGCAUGAAGAAGAGCAUGCGGGACAUCAUUGAGAUGGCCAUCAAGGCCUACCCCACAAUGACCAGGACCCAGUGGGUUCUGAACUGGCCUGGCCAGGUGACCAUCGCCGGGUCCCAGACCUACUGGACUAAGGAAGUGUCAGAGGCCCUAGAGGCCAGCAACCUCAGUAGCCAUCUGUUCCCCCAGCUCUCCCAGCAGCUCAGUGACCUUGUGGCCCUGGUGCGGGGGAAGCUGUCCCGCAUGCAGCGGGCAGUGCUGUCAGCACUAAUCGUCAUUGAGGUCCAUGCCAAGGAUGUGGUGGGCAAGCUGAUCCAGGAGAACGUGGUCAGUGUGCAUGACUUUGAGUGGAUCUCUCAGCUGAGGUACUACUGGACAAAUAACGACCUGUACAUUCGAGCCGUGAAUGCUGAGUUCAUCUAUGGCUAUGAGUACCUAGGCAACAGCGGGAGGCUGGUGAUCACACCCCUCACCGACAGGUGCUAUCUGACCCUGACCGGUGCCUUACAUCUCAAGUUUGGGGGCGCCCCAGCUGGCCCAGCAGGCACAGGGAAAACAGAGACCACCAAAGACCUGGGCAAGGCCUUGGCCAUCCAGACUGUCGUGUUCAACUGCUCUGAUCAGCUCGACUUUAUGGCCAUGGGCAAGUUCUUCAAGGGCCUGGCCAGUGCGGGGGCCUGGGCCUGCUUCGAUGAGUUCAAUCGCAUUGAUAUCGAGGUGCUGUCUGUGGUGGCACAGCAGAUCACCACCAUCCAGAAGGCACAGCAGCAGCGGGUGGAACACUUCAUGUUUGAGGGCGUUGAGAUCCCACUCAUGCCAUCCUGCGCAGUGUUUAUCACUAUGAACCCAGGAUAUGCCGGCCGCACUGAGCUGCCUGACAACCUGAAGGCACUCUUCCGGCCCGUGGCCAUGAUGGUUCCGGAUUACGCCAUGAUCGCUGAGAUCUCCCUCUACUCCUUCGGCUUCAAUGAAGCCAAUGUGCUGGCCAAGAAGAUCACAACCACCUUCAAGUUAUCCUCUGAGCAGCUUAGCUCUCAGGAUCACUAUGAUUUCGGGAUGAGAGCUGUGAAAACUGUGAUCUCAGCUGCGGGGAACCUCAAGCGAGAAAACCCCAGCAUGAAUGAGGAGCUGAUCUGCCUCCGGGCCAUUCGUGACGUGAACGUGCCCAAGUUCCUGCAGGAAGACCUCAAGCUCUUCUCUGGGAUUGUGUCUGACCUGUUCCCCACCAUCAAGGAGGAGGACACUAACUAUGGCAUCCUGGACAAGGCCAUCCGCAGGGCCUGUGAGCAGAGCAACCUCAAGGACGUGGAUGGCUUCUUGACCAAGUGCAUCCAGCUCUACGAGACCACGGUGGUGCGCCACGGCCUCAUGCUCGUGGGGCCCACGGGCUCCGGCAAGAGCAACUGUUACAGAGUCCUGGCAGCUGCCAUGACGUUGCUGAAAGGGCAGCCAUGCAUCAGCGGUGGUGUGUACGAGGCUGUCAGCUACUAUGUGCUCAACCCCAAGUCCAUCACGAUGGGCCAGCUGUACGGGGAGUUUGACCUGCUCACCCAUGAGUGGACAGACGGGAUUCUCUCCUCCCUCAUCCGCACGGGGGCAGCCACGCCCAACGCCAACAAGAAGUGGUACAUGUUCGAUGGGCCAGUGGACGCCAUCUGGAUCGAGAACAUGAACACGGUGCUGGAUGACAACAAGAAGCUGUGCCUCAGCUCGGGGGAGAUCAUCAAGCUCACAGAGGAAUCUCUUGACUCAUGUUCCUCCUCGGGACUCGAGGGAGGGCCACUUUGCCAGCUGAGGGCCAAGGGGUUCCGUAUUCCCACACCCCAGCUCUGUCCCUGGCCCACUGCUCCCACCUGCCCACAGCUACCGGAUGAGCAACCCCUCCACGCCCUGCAGCCCUUUCCUGGCCCCGGGGUCUGGCAGCUGGCCCUCUCACACAGUUCAUCUCGAUGCCAGGAGAUGACCAUGAUGUUUGAGGUGCAGGAUCUGGCGGUGGCCUCUCCAGCCACAGUGUCCCGCUGUGGCAUGGUGUACCUGGAGCCCAGCAUCCUGGGGCUCAUGCCCUUUGUCGAGUGCUGGCUGAAGAGGCUCCCUGCCUCAUUCAAGCCCUACCAGGAGAACUUCAUCACGCUCUUUGUCAAUUUUUUGGAGAAAGCCAUCACUUUCCUGCGGGCUUCGGUGAAGGAGGUGAUUGCCUCCACUGACAGCAACCUGACCAUGAGUCUCCUCAAGCUGCUGGACUGCUUCUUCAAGCCCUUUGUGCCUAAAGAGGGCCUCAAGAAAAUACCCCCCGAAAAGCUGAGCCGCAUCCCCGAGCUGAUUGAGCCCUGGUUCAUCUUCUCCCUGAUCUGGAGUGUGGGUGCCACAGGGGACAGUGUCGGCCGCAGCAGCUUCAGCCACUGGCUCAGGAUCAGAAUGAAGAUAGAAAACAUUACCAUGCUCUUCCCAGAGGAGGGGCUGGUGUUCGAUUACAGGCUGGAGGACGCUGGCAUCAGCAAUACCAAUGAUGAGGAAGAGGAGGAGGAGGGCAAGCAGAUCGCCUGGGUGAAGUGGAUGGACUCUUCAUCCCCAUUUACCAUGAUGCCAGACACCAACUACUGCAACAUCAUCGUGCCCACCAUGGAUACCGUGCAGAUGUCCUACCUGCUGGGCAUGCUCCUCACCAACCACAAGCCCGUGCUGUGCAUCGGCCCAACAGGCACAGGGAAGACCCUCACCAUUUCUGACAAGCUCCUGAAGAACCUGCCGUUGGAGUUCAUCAGCCACUUCCUCACCUUCUCAGCCCGCACCUCGGCCAACCAAACCCAGGACCUCAUUGACAGCAAGCUGGACAAGAGGAGGAAGGGUGUGUUUGGACCACCCCUGGGGCGUAACUUCAUCUUCUUCAUCGAUGACCUGAACAUGCCGGCCUUGGAGACGUAUGGUGCCCAGCCCCCUAUCGAGCUGUUGCGCCAGUGGAUGGACCAUGGGGGCUGGUAUGACCGCAAGAUCAUCGGAGCCUUCAAGAACCUGGUGGACAUCAACUUUGUCUGUGCCAUGGGCCCCCCAGGCGGAGGCAGGAAUGCCAUCACCCCACGACUGACACGCCACUUCAAUCACCUGUCCUUCACUGAGAUGGACGAGGUCAGCAAGAAGCGUAUCUUCUCCACCAUCCUGGGCAGUUGGAUGGAUGGACUCCUUGGAGAGAAAAGUCACCGGGACCCCGUGCCCGGGGCCCCCAACAUCGUCCACUUCGCGGAUCCCCUCGUGGAAGCUACCAUCAUGGUGUACGCCACCAUCACCUCCCAGCUGCUGCCCACCCCAGCCAAGUCCCACUACACCUUCAACCUGAGGGACCUCUCCAAGGUCUUCCAGGGCAUCCUCAUGGCUGACCCAGCCAGGGUUGAGGACAAAGUGCAGCUGCUGCGACUGUGGUACCAUGAGAACUGCCGUGUGUUCCGUGACCGCCUGGUGAACGAGGAGGACCGCACCUGGUUCGACAAGCUCCUUGAGGGCCACAUGGAGAAAUGGGAGGUAGCCUUCAGUAAGGUUUGCCCCUUUCAGCCCCUCCUUUAUGGGGACUUCAUGUCACCAGGCUCUGACGUCAAGUCCUACGAGCUCAUCACCAGCGAGAAGAAGAUGAUGCAGGUGAUUGCGGAAUACAUGGAGGACUACAACCAGAUCAACACAGCCAAGCUGAAGCUGGUCCUCUUCAUGGACGCCCUGAGCCACAUCUGCCGCAUCAGCCGCACCCUGCGCCAGGCGUUGGGCAAUGCGCUCCUGCUGGGCGUGGGCGGCAGCGGCCGCAGCUCCCUCACGCGGCUCACCUCGCACAUGGCCGAGUAUGAGUGCUUCCAGAUUGAGCUAUCCAAGAGCUAUGGCAUGACUGAGUGGCGAGAAGAUGUCAAGAAGGUCUUGCUCAAGGCUGGCCUACAAAACCUGCCCAUCACCUUUCUGUUCUCGGACACCCAGAUCAAGAAUGAGUCCUUCCUGGAGGACAUCAACAACAUCCUGAACUCGGGUGACAUUCCCAACCUCUAUACCCUGGACGAGCAAGACCAGAUUGUCAACACCAUGCGGCCCUCUGUCCAGGAGCAGGGCCUUAUGCCCACCAAGGCCAACCUCAUGGCUGCCUACACAGGGCGCGUGCGCAGCAACAUCCACAUGGUGCUGUGCAUGAGCCCCAUCGGAGAGGUUUUCCGAGCUCGCCUGAGGCAGUUCCCGUCCCUAGUCAACUGCUGUACCAUCGACUGGUUUAACGAGUGGCCAGCAGAGGCCCUAGAGUCUGUGGCCACCACAUUUCUAAAUGAAAUCCCAGAACUGGAAGCCACCUCUGAAGUCAUUGAAGGACUAAUUCAGGUCUGCGUGCAUAUUCACCAGUCAGUGGCCAAGAAGUGUGUCGAGUACCUGGCCGAGCUGGCCCGCUACAACUACGUGACCCCCAAGAGCUACCUGGAGCUGCUCAAUAUUUUCUCCAUCCUCAUUGGGCAGAAGAAACAAGAGCUUAAAACGGGCAAGAACCGCAUGAAGAGUGGCCUCGACAAGCUGCUACGAACUUCCGAGGAUGUGGCCAAGAUGCAGGAGGAGCUGGAGAUUAUGCGCCCUCUGCUGGAGGAGGCUGCCAAGGACACCACGCUCACCAUGGAGCAGAUCAAGUUAGACACGACCCUCGCUGAGGAUACCCGGAAAUCAGUGCAGGCAGAGGAGAUCAAGGCCAAUGAGAAGGCCAGGAAGGCACAAGCUAUUGCUGAUGAUGCCCAGAAGGACCUGGAUGAGGCACUGCCUGCCCUGGAUGCAGCCCUGGCCAGCCUGCGCAACCUCAACAAAAGUGAUGUGACCGAGGUGCGUGCCAUGCAACGGCCGCCCCCAGGUGUGAAGCUGGUCAUAGAAGCUGUGUGCAUCCUGAAGGGCAUCAAGCCCAAGAAGGUUCCCGGAGAGAAGCCUGGCUCCAAGGUAGAUGACUACUGGGAGCCUGGCAAGGGGCUGCUGCAGGACCCCGGCCGCUUCCUCGAGGGCCUCUUCAAGUUUGACAAGGACAACAUUGGGGAGGCAGUGAUCAAAGCCAUCCAGCCAUACAUCGACAAUGAAGAGUUCCAGCCCGCUGCCAUCGCUAAGGUGUCCAAGGCCUGCACCUCCAUCUGCCAGUGGGUGCGCGCCAUGCACAAGUACCACUUCGUGGCCAAGGCUGUGGAGCCCAAGCGGCAAGCCCUGCGGGAGGCCCAGGAAGACCUGGAGGUGACACAGAAGAUCCUGGAGGAGGCAAAGCAGCGCCUGCAGGAGGUGGAGGACGGCAUUGCCACAAUGCAGGCCAGGUACCGAGAGUGCAUCACCAAGAAGGAGGAGCUGGAGCUGAAGUGUGAGCAGUGUGAGCAACGGAUGGGCCGAGCUGACAAGCUCAUCAAUGGUCUGUCGGAUGAGAGGGUGCGUUGGCAGGAGACAGUGGAGAACCUGGAGCACAUGCUUGAAAACAUCUCUGGAGAUGUGCUGCUGGCUGCUGGCUUUGUGGCCUACCUGGGCCCCUUCACAGGCCAGUACCGCACAGUGCUCUACAACCAGUGGGUCAAGAAGCUCGUGACCCACCAAGUCCCACACACCUCCGAGCCCACGCUCGUGGGAACCCUGGGGAACCCUGUGAAGAUCCGCUCGUGGCAGAUCGCUGGCCUCCCCAACGACACACUGUCAGUGGAGAACGGGGUCAUCAAUCAGUUCUCCCAGCGCUGGACCCACUUCAUUGACCCUCAGGGACAGGCCAACAAGUGGAUCAAGAACAUGGAGAAGGACAAUGGGCUGGAUGUGUUCAAGCUGAGCGACCGGGACUUCCUGCGCAGCAUGGAGAACGCCAUCCGCUUCGGCAAGCCCUGCCUUCUGGAGAAUGUGGGCGAGGAGCUGGACCCCGCUCUGGAGCCCGUGCUGCUCAAGCAGACAUACAAGCAGCAGGGGAACACGGUGCUGAAGCUGGGAGACACGGUGAUCCCCUACCACGAGGACUUCAGGAUGUACAUCACCACCAAGCUGCCCAACCCACACUACACGCCUGAGAUCGCCACCAAACUCACCCUCAUCAACUUCACCCUGUCGCCCAGUGGCCUAGAGGACCAGCUGCUAGGCCAGGUAGUGGCUGAGGAGCGGCCCGACCUGGAGGAAGCCAAGAAUCAGCUGAUUGUCAGUAAUGCCAAGAUGCGCCAGGAGCUGAAGGACAUUGAAGACCAGAUCCUGUACCGGCUCAGCUCCUCCGAAGGCAACCCCGUGGAUGACGUGGAGCUCAUCAAGGUGCUGGAGGCUUCCAAAAUGAAGGCUGCGGAGAUCCAGGCCAAGGUCAGGAUUGCAGAGCAGACAGAGAAGGACAUCGAUCUCACGCGCAUGGAAUACAUACCCGUGGCCGUCCGCACCCAGAUCCUCUUCUUCUGUGUGUCUGACCUGGCCAACGUGGACCCCAUGUACCAGUACUCCCUCGAGUGGUUUCUCAACAUCUUCCUCUCAGGCAUCGCCAACUCAGAGAGGGCAGACAACCUGAAGAAGCGCAUCGCCAACAUCAACCGCUACCUGACCUACAACCUCUACAGCAACGUCUGCCGCAGCCUCUUUGAGAAGCACAAGCUGAUGUUCGCCUUCCUGCUGUGUGCCCGCAUCAUGAUGAACGAGGACAAGAUCGACCAGAGCGAGUGGCGCUACCUCCUAUCCGGGGGCUCCAUCCAGGUUAUGAUUGAGAACCCUGCAGUGGACUGGCUUUCAGACCGGGCCUGGCGAGACAUCCUGGCGCUCUCGAACCUGCCAGCCUUCUCCUCCUUCGCCACUGACUUUGUGGAACACCUCUCAGAAUUCCAGGCUAUCUUCGACAGCCACGAGCCCCACCGGGAGCCCUUGCCUGGCAUCUGGGACCAGUACCUCGACCAGUUCCAGAAGCUGCUGGUUCUGCGCUGCCUGCGUGGAGACAAGGUCACCAAUGCCAUGCAGGACUUUGUGGCCACCAACUUGGAGCCACGCUUCAUUGAGCCCCAGACAGCCAACCUGUCGGCGGUGUUCAAAGACUCCAACUCCACCACACCCCUCAUCUUUGUGCUGUCGCCUGGCACUGACCCCGCUGCCGACCUGUACAAGUUUGCUGAAGAGAUGAAGUUCUCCAAGAAGCUGUCUGCCAUCUCCCUGGGCCAGGGCCAGGGCCCUAGGGCAGAAGCCAUGAUGCGCAGUUCCAUAGAGAGGGGCAAGUGGGUCUUCUUCCAGAACUGCCACCUGGCCCCAAGCUGGAUGCCAGCCCUCGAGCGCCUCAUUGAACACAUCAAUCCCGACAAGGUGCACCGGGACUUCCGCCUGUGGCUUACUAGCCUGCCCAGCAACAAGUUCCCAGUGUCCAUCCUGCAGAACGGCUCCAAGAUGACCAUCGAGCCGCCACGCGGCGUCAAGGCCAAUCUGCUCAAGUCCUACAGCAGCCUCAGCGAUGACUUCCUCAACUCCUGUCACAAGGUGAUGGAGUUCAAGUCCCUGCUGCUGUCUCUGUGCCUGUUCCACGGGAAUGCGCUCGAGCGUCGGAAGUUUGGGCCCCUGGGCUUCAACAUCCCCUAUGAGUUCACAGACGGGGACCUGCGCAUCUGCAUCAGCCAGCUCAAGAUGUUUCUGGACGAGUAUGACAACAUCCCCUACAAGGUCCUCAAGUACACGGCAGGGGAGAUCAACUACGGGGGCCGCGUCACCGAUGACUGGGACCGCCGCUGCAUCAUGAACAUCCUGGAGGACUUCUACAGCCCUGAUGUGCUCGUCCCUGAGCACAGCUACAGUGCCUCGGGCAUCUACCACCAGAUCCAGCCCACCUACGACCUCAACGGCUACCUCUCCUACAUCAAGGGCCUCCCACUCAACGACAUUCCUGAGAUCUUUGGCCUGCAUGACAACGCCAACAUCACUUUUGCCCAGAAUGAGACUUUCGCCCUGCUCGGUGCUAUCGUACAGCUGCAACCCAAAUCGUCCUCUGUGGGCGGCCAGGGCAGGGAGGAGGUGGUGACUGCAAGGGGAAGGGACCCAAGGGUUGGGCAGGGAUAAUCUCCCACCCACCAUCCUGUCUGCUCCCUUGUAGGAACUCUGCAUGUAGAAUCCUAUAAGGGUUGGGGGCCAGUCCUGACCCCCAGUAUCCCUUUGCCCCUACAGAUAGUGGAAGAUGUGGCUCAGAGAGUCCUACUCCAGGUGCCUGAGGCCAUCAACGUACAGUGGGUGAUGACCAAGUACCCUGUGCUGUAUGAGGAGUCAAUGAAUACGGUGCUAGUGCAGGAGACCAUUCGGUACAACCGGCUGCUGCAGGUGAUUACACAGUCGCUGCGCGAUGUGCUCAAGGCACUCAAGGGGCUGGUGGUGAUGUCCUCGCAGCUGGAACUGAUGGCUGCCAGCCUGUACAACAACACCGUGCCCGAGCUUUGGAAUGCCAAGGCCUACCCAUCACUCAAGCCACUGUCCUCAUGGGUCAUGGAUCUGCUGAAGCGCCUGAACUUCUUGCACAGCUGGAUCCAAGAAGGCAUCCCAGCUGUUUUCUGGAUCAGUGGAUUCUUCUUCCCCCAGGCUUUCCUAACAGGCACCCUGCAGAACUUUGCCCGCAAGUCUGUCAUCUCCAUUGACACCAUCUCCUUCGAUUUCAAGGUGAUGGGCCAGUCAGUGUCAGAGCUCGAGACCAGACCCAAAGAGGGGUGCUACAUCCACGGACUGUUCCUGGAAGGUGCCCGCUGGGAUCCCACGGCCUUCCAGCUGGUGGAGUCUCGACCCAAGGAGCUCUACACGGAGAUGGCCGUUAUCUGGCUCCUGCCAGUACCCAACCGCAAGAUCCAGGACCAGGCCUUCUACCUGUGCCCCAUCUACAAGACGCUGACCCGUGCUGGAACACUAUCAACCACAGGCCACUCCACCAACUAUGUCAUUGCUGUGGAGAUCCCCUCGGAGCAGCCCCAGCGACACUGGAUAAAGCGUGGUGUGGCCCUCAUCUGUGCCCUGGACUACUAG